AUGCCGACAACUAUUAUGACUGUAAGAAAUCCAUCUUCACAUUUGUCCUGCUCCCGUUUUUGAAACGGAAAAAGGGCAUGUUGAGGAUGCGGCUGAAGAUAGAUUUAUGGUAGGUCUAAUGGAGGUGGAUCUCCUGCGGCUACUGUUACUGCAGCUGCUGCACCAACUGGGGCGAGUAGUGUUCUUCAAGUAGGAGUUCUUGCAUCGGCGUCUACAGGUGAAGUACGUCCUAGUACUAUGUCGAACACUAGUAGUGGACAAGACCCAGUGGCUUUGAUGGACACGACGCAACAAGGAUUGCUAGGUACUGCUUUUGGACGAUAAUACAAGAAUUCAUAUUAAAUACAGGAUAGAGAUACAGAUAGGGAAACUAUUCGUCCAUUCUACUUGUGAGUUCAUAAUUUCAAGAACAAACAUGAAAAUUGAUUCAAGAACUACCCAAGAAGCAAAGUCCUCUUCUACAGCCAGGUGCCCAACGUCGUCGGAAGACUUUGCAGCAGCAAAAUAUGGUGGUGCAGACAGUCAACGUGGAACAGAGCGACUUUACUCAGCGCUGGGUCGUCUUGCCUGUGCAAAAGAAGCCGUCUUUUGAUGUUAAGGCUGUGCAGCAUACUGCGUCAUGAGGCAGCUACCGCGUCGUAGACAUUUUGGCUCAAGCAGAGAGCUGAAAGCUUCACAACAUUCCCAACAAGAUCGUUAAAUCAAUGCCUUGCACGUUUUGGCUUUAAAGUUAUUUUGUUCACGUGAUUAGUUACUUCACGUGAUUAGUUGCUUCACGGGAUUAGUUACUUCACGUGAUUAGUUACUUCACGGGAUUAGUUACUUCACGGGAUUAGUUGCUUCACGGGAUUAGUUACUUCACGGGAUUAGUUGCUUCACGGGACAGGUUCCUACUUGUUCUAAUGGUGGUUUCUACGCGUUGAGACAGAAAUCCAGUGGGCGAUACUUGGCAAUGGCGGAGCAAAUACCUCCUGGACAGUCGUCCUUGACAAAUCGUGGCGUGGUGAAAGACCAACAUCCCGAAUAUCCUUACUUAGGACUCCGACUAGUGGAGCAAUUAGCCGAUGCGACACCAGAAAAGGAGAAAACGCAUGCGUUUGUGAAGACGAUUGCAGAAGGGAUGGAGGUCGAGAGGGAGACAGCGAUGGCAGGAACAAGAAGUGGUAGCACGACUACUGACCUCAUCCAGGGUAAUCAAGUAACCAGGACGAACGAACUUACUAGGAGUGUUGAGUCAUCAGCCACAACCGGUAGUGCGAUUUCGAUUUCUAAACCGGCUAACACACCAGGAACUGAGUUCCUCGCCAUUCGCGAUAGUACACUCGCAUCCUCUGGUACGUCGUCCGAACGACAGGCGCCUGGCAGCAGUAGUAGUAUCUUUUCCGCUUCUAGCGCACCUAUUCCUAUUGUGCCACAAGAGCAAUCUACUCCAACAGCAACUGCUCUCGGCGCCUGGCGUAUUAAGACGAUCGGGCAUGGUGCUCUGUACUCCUUCAUGCACCGAGACCAGUUUUUAGAUUCGAAGCUGGCGCCAGACCAUCCACAAAACCGAACGACUUUUCUAGCGCCUAUGCGGAAUAAUGAUUAUGUUGUUGAAAUAUAAUUUUUUUAGUGUAGAUGAACCUUGAUCUUAGUGACCGUUCAAAUGCAAUAGCAGUUGUCCUCUCUCGCUUUCGUGGCAAAUGAUUCGUCUCUGUCUCUGAUGGCAGAGAAUCCGUACGACCUUUUAGUAGUUACCACAAUCACGGAUAGGAACUCAACGUGUUUAAUUCUUGAAAUAGAAAUUUAUUACCUGCUCUAAACAAAUCGUGCUCAAAAAUGGUUGAUUCGAUGGACAGGGAAAGGCAACGAAGUACGAAUUAUCAAACACGCGAAUGGUGAAGCUCUGGACAGCAUACUCAAUCCUCAAAACGCAGACGGGGGAGAACCACUUAUGAAAAGCGGCCAUAGCUACUAAAGUGAGUUGCUCGUUUGUGCGCCUAUCAUGCAGUUGAUCACUUGCCAGUUUUUUUGCUCCUUUUGCACCGUAAUAUGACGUGUCCCUUGAUGUUGUAGGUGUUUCUCUAGUGCUUUCAGCAGAAGUAAGAGCAGUACUGUCAAAACGGAAUCUACCGUAUUAAUAACAUUCCAGUAUUAUCGAGAGAAAAAUCCUACUCGCACUCGAAAGUUUGGAAAAAUUUGAAUCGUGGCGCGUUGAGGCUGAUUCUGAGCGACAGGGCUGACCGGUUUCGAAUUCCUUGACACUCAAAGGCCCAGCCACAGUGCCUGGCAGGGAGGAAGUAACCAGGUAUAUCAAUACUAGAGGGAUGCAGAGGGUGAUACUUAACUAGAAGGAACUUCCAAGGUCUGCGUCUCGUUUGGUGUCUACCACUAGAAUCGAACGAGCAACGCAGAGCCUCAGCUACUCAAUAGCAAGGAGAGGAAGCAACAUGCCAAGGCCUGACGCCUCGGAAGUUUGUGGCUGUGUUGGAGGGGUGUGUUGGGGGGGUGUCUUCGAGGGGGUCCCUCGUAAAAAGCAAGCAUUUGAGGAGGGUUUUCGUCGCAUUGGUAUCCGUCCAAAAGAAUCGAGUAGGCUUUUCGUCGCAUAAGAUGGUCUCCGUUACGUACAUAAAUACAGUUUCGGACGCCUUUUUUUUUGCCAUACCAUGCGGCAAAGAAACAAAGCGCGCGCAAAACGGAUUCUGAGUCUACUCGAAAGCUUGCCUGAGUGUUGGAGGGGGGUAGCGGAGGGGUGUAGCAUUCCCCUCCAACCUCUCCAGGGUCGUUCGACACCUGCCAGCAUUCGGGAGCCCAGCACGCAAACAUCAACUGGCCUGAAGGAUCAUGAGCAUGAUGCUAAGACCUACGCACGCCAACCCUGCUAGUGACACCCCCCUCCACAAGUGAUCUGCUAAGCCUCACAGUCAUCGUUCUACUUACUUCCAGGUGCCUGGCUUGGGCCUCUGCAGCUGCUGCGGGAAGACAAGCGCGACUGUUUCAAGCCUAGAGAGGUCGACUGCCGCCAUGUUGAUAAAAAUUUUCCAAACUUUCGAGUGCGAGUAUGAUUUUUGUUUUGAUAAGUAUUUACUUCGAUCUCCACAGGACACAAGUACUGGAGGACGUUCUACCCAUCCCUUUAGCAGCUGCAGUGAUGAGUGUAGUUAUCGUUAUGUUUUCCAUGUUAACAAAUUAGGACUCAAGGAUGAAUUGGUAUUGAAAUUCUGUCUCCGUAGCCGGUCUGACUCCGGGUAGACGUAGACCGCCAACAAUUUUGUGUAGGGUAAAGGUGCUUUUGUUCCCGCUUUUUAUGCCUUUCCUAAGGGAGAAAGGCAGAAAAAGCGGGGUCCACGAGCACCAUGACCCUACCCCGAAAAUAACUUUGCUCACACCUCCGCCAACCCCAACCAAGACCUUCUCCCCUUCAUACCCAACGCUGUAACCCGUCCUCUCGAUACGACUAGCCCGUCUCAGAUCUGGGAUUUGGUCUUCGUAAAAUCCGACUGCCAGUCCAGAGUUACCAGUUGCGCUGCCUUUGACUGCGGAUUUGUUGACGAUGGAUGUGGUGAUUUUGUCUACUGUGGGAAUGCGGACAAGCUGAAAGAUGCGAUGUUGAAACAGCGAGAACAAAAGAUGAUGAAGCGACCCUUUGCAAGCGACGAAGAAAUGGGGGAGCAGGGUGAGGAGGAGGUGGAGGAGGAGCAGGGUGAGGAAGAUAUGGUCGUUGGUAGUGCUUCUGCUGCAAGGACUGUAGAUAGAACAAAAAGUGGAAGCGGAUCAUCAACCUCGACUCUACUACAACAACCAACUGGAACUGGAAGUCCAUCUUCUUUUUCAGGUACUCCCUCAUCGUCGAUGCCAUUGUUUAGCGCUAGUCGUGGUUCUUCUCCUUUGUCACCACCACUGACUUCUGCCGAUAAAGAGUUUAGGCCGCGUCGCCGUUUGACAACACCACUGCCCGAAAUCGAUUUAGAAGACUACUACGAUUCCUUCGGAAGCAGUGGCAGUACUAGUUCGCUUGGAUCUACAUCUGGCAGUCUCAGUGUUGCGUCUUCUUCCGUCAGAGGUGGUUCAACUUCUUACCCAACUACGACAUCUUCCGUCAGAAGUGGUUCAACUUCUUACCCAACUACGACACGACCAGGUUCAUCAUCAUUUCCUUCUUCUUCUCUCUCUAAAGCUGGAAGAAGUAGCAUUGGCGCUUCUCCUGGAACAACAACAACGAUCAUAGCGUCUAUCUCGCUUGCGAAACUUCCUCUGGUCACACGCAACUCUCCAGCCCAACUUGUUCAAGCUUUAACACACACGGUUGAGAAAUACACUAACCAAUGUGACGAUCCGCGUUUCAGUUUAUGACCACAUCUAUCUAAAUACACUAAAUCUUGGUACAUGUUUGCCAUGUCUCUUUACUCUAGCAUCUGAGUACAUGUUAUUCAUUUCUCUUUACUCUAGCAUCUUCUUAGUACAUGUGAUUCAUCUCUCUUUACUUGAGCAUCUUAGUACAACGAUGUUAUUUUUUCAUCAAUCUUAAUCUUUCUUUUUAGCAUUUUGGUCCAUGUUCAUGCCGCUCAGCAUUAUCCUGAUAAUAUGAUUGCCCUUUUAGUACCUUUCCCGUAGAUGUAGAAGACGUGCAAUGGUAGAGCUAGAGAUACCAAGCUGUUAUCCCAUAGAAUCGAUACAAGGGGAGAGCUACCUAGAGGCACCAAGAUACUAACAUGGGGAGACUGACAUCGACAUGAACAAUAAAAGCAGAUCUCCUUCAUCUACAGUAGAUCAUCUCAGGUAAAAUGCUGUAUUUUUCCUGCAGUAGCUAAUCUUCUCCUACGUACAGUAUAGAACGCUAGUCGCACUGCUCGUCUAAUCAGUCACGGUGUCAAUCCGUUGAGCAACGAGCCGGGAGCCUGCAUCUCCAACGCCUGUGUCUGCAGACCGAAGAAACAGUGUAGUAAGGGAGUAGAGUGCGGCUUCGAGGACGACGGUUGUGGGAAUAGGAUUGCAUGCGGUGCAAGAUCGCUGCCUCCUGUGGAAUCACCUGAGAUACGAUAAAAUAUUGGAGAAAAUUCAACUAAGGACUGCAAAAAUCCGGACAAAAUUCAAUCUUCUCGGGCAUGAUACGAAUCCGCAGAACACUCGCCGCCUACUGCGCUCCCUUCUGGAAAACCCUCACCCAAUUGCGAGCCAAGAACCUCGGGCGCCCUCCAAAUCCCCGCGCCCCUCCAGAAUCCCCCAGCAUACAUUUGCAGGCUGAUGCGGUGGACUCUGGAGGGGCGCGGGGAAUCACAUGAAACGAAACCAAAAGACAGAAAAACCAAGAGGAAGCAAGUAGCAAAAGCCGCUAAGCGGAGCACUUCCAGGACGAGGAGGCGACAAUAGUGACCGUUUUUGUGCAGUUCUUAGUUGACUUAACGCCAUUGAAAAUCUGAGUCUUAGACUUAGUGAUCUUUUCCAUGUUCAACAGGUCAUGAGAUGAGUUGGCUCAAGUUUGUAUUAUUGUGGUCACGCUCUAGUACGUUUGAGCUAUGUUUGAGGUAUUGCUGUUCGGUUUCGCAUUUCACUCUCUAACUCUCUGUGUCGCAAGUAAUUUGUAGAUUGCACUCUCUAACUCUCUACUCCGACACCAUGCAGAACUUCCUGGCACUUACGGAUCCGACCAAAACCGCAAGCCCUCUCAAGUCUCGCUGCGCUGCACGCAACACCGAGACGAAUGAACCUUACAAGUGCGCGCUUUACGAUUUGCCUUACUGGGAACAGCGAUUAAGCCUUCAUGUAAUCCAUCUCCAGACGCAUCUACUUGCCCCUCCCUCUAAGGGAAGAGCAAGCCCAGGGUGACGCCCAAGAUGGAUUCCGGGACGGUCUAAAACGACCACCGGGAGAGCUUUUUUCAUCAGCAACUGUCGUGGGAAGUGGAGUGAGAGUACUGGGAAGUGCAACUACAGGAAGUACUACAAGACUCACACAACUAGUCCAUCUCCAACGCGCAGACCUCUUCCAAUGCAUCUGUAGUGCAAAGGCUUCCUGCGACGAAGGGCUCACCUGUGGCGUCCAAUUACGGAUUCCCCUAGUGUAUCCCUUCUAUGUAUUUAGGGAUCAUGAUCCCUCAAACGUAAGUGCGCAGCCUAAUAGUAAGAGUAACACAUAGAUACUAUACGGAAAAUGCAUUUACAUACUGACAGGGUCGUAGGGGAAUAGUGACGCAUACGCGCAUAUGCUUGAGGGAUUUUCCCAGGGAUGAACUACGGAGAGGUCUAAUCCAGGCUGAUGGUUGUGGUGGUUUCGUCACUUGUGGCGCUAACAAAGCUGCGGGAGGUGCCUGCGCUUUUGGCGACUGCGUUGAGAACCAAUGUGUUUGCACUAAGAAAACCACCUGCGAAUAUAGCACUUGCGGUUAAGGCUCAACAUCAUUCAUUUCUGCGAAGUAGGUUUUUUGACUAUCUAAACAAGGUCAUUUCUACAAGUUCAAGGUAUUUCUCACUGUUUCCCUUGUCGCUGUCUUCCUUCUCACUGUUUUCUUUUCCUCCUGUUUCCUUUCCCCCUGUUUUCUUUCUCACUGUUUCUUUUCCCUCUGUUUCUUUUCCUCCUGUGCUACUUAGCAUUACUAGGAUGGUGAAAAACGGAUGAUGGAUGUCCUAAUGCUACUUCGCAUUAGGAUGGUGAAAAACGGAAAAUGGAUUUCCUUGUUAGGAUCUUCUUAGGAUCUUCUGGAUUCGAUUGCGCUCUAAUGUGUCAUGGAGUCAGACGGCUGUGGCGGCGAGCUCAAAUGCGGUAUCUGCAGUGAGGAAUGGCAAGAAUGUAAACAGGUCACUGGAUGGUUUGUACCUGCAACAGCUUCUGGAAGCGGUAGUGGGGGGAGCGGUAGCGCGAUGGGCAGUGGUUCAACCGGAAUUUCAUCGCGGUCGUUGUCUUCAAUUCCUCAUAGUACUAAGAAUCUCAUUGGAACAGGAACAGGAUCAACAUCAACUACAGGUUCCACCCAAGCCUACUCAACAGAUCCAAAUGCUCGCUGGGUGACUCGUAGCACAUGCCAGUGUAAGAACGAACGGCAAACGAAGUGCGACAUGCCUGCACAAUGUGGCCAGACUGUGAAUGUUACGAAGGACUACAAGUAUGAUAUAGAUAAUCAAUAAAUAUCGCUAGGUGUAGGUUUUUAACACGUAGAGGGUGAAAACUCGUACCAGUCUGGCUCUCGCUCUGGGUCUACUUGUACACGUAAACUUUAUAUUCGAAAACGAGAAACAAGCGAGUUACAGACUGAAAUCAGUGAGGUAGCUUUACAAGGCUACUCUUCCUCAGUGUCUCGCGGCAUAUUUUCAUGAGUUACUUGCGUAUUUCCGUUUAUCGAAUACUUAGAUGAAAACUACUAGUGCAACAACUGUCUCUACCAAUCAUAUUACUUGUACUUAUUUAUUAAGGAAGGCAAGACUACCUUGCUGUUGCUUAUGAUAUCCAUAAGCAUCAGCAUUCUUCCUUCAGUUUCAAACUCUAAAUCCUACGGCUGUGGCGGCGAGCUGGAAUGUCCAGCCUGUGCUGCGAAGGAGGCAGAGCCGCCUGAGAUCGUACCUGUUGUCGCGCCACCUACUCCACCCAUUGUAGACCCGACGAUGGAGGACCACGCGAGAAAUGCGGCGAAGGACAAAGUCCGUGAACUCUGUAGUCACUACACGUUAAGGCUCAAUAUAUUUGAUUUUUCCACCAAGUCCAAGUCUUUUCUCGCACUGUGUUCCUUCUUGGGAUUCUGAAGAAAGGAAGGGAAGCCGUGAAGUGUUUUGAUCUCUAAACACUGACCACGGUCAUGAUGCGCCAGUGCCGGGAUUGAGUGAGGGGCUGGGAGGUAGUCUGGCAGCUGAGCUUGGUAGUGGGGCUGCGAGUUCUGUUGCUGGUUCAACAUCUUCCGCGUCAUCAUUCUUCUUUCUGCAGAUCGAAGAACAAGAAGUGGCUAGGGCACAUUAUGCUAAGUCUACAACACGAUCGAAAUACCAGCGAAAGCAAGAAACAACAGAUCAGACUACGCCUCCUCAGCGUCAGAAAAGGGAGACCACUACGUCAACGUCCACGUCAUCCUCAUCCAAAACACAACAUCAUCAUGAUCUUCUUCGUCAGCUUGAAUUACAUGAUUCACCUUCAGCACGAGCACCCAACAGACAAACUCAAACCCCGACCUCUGCUGGAACUGGAGCGGGGCCACCACAUGAAGAUCUGGCUGCGAAAGGUCCUAUCACUCUUGUUAAGGUCACUCAGCUUUUAUCUUCCAUCUUUCUCGGCAUCAUCUCGGUACCCUUUCGCUUCCCUAUCCCUUGUUGUAUUCUUCUCACGGGAAGAGAAGGGACCCUUUCGCUUCCCUUGUUCUUGUAUCUACUCUUUUCUUCAUGGGAAGAGAAAUAAGGCGGGUCGAGAUGUUGAGGGGACCGAGAUGAAUAAGAGCUGAGUUUUCUAAUCUCAGCUCUCAUCCGAAAUACACAGGUAGCGUGCCUUCUUGCAUCAUAUCUUUGCCCUUUGGCGGUACUCCAGCACAGGUCGUAGAAGCUUCUGCACAAGCGGCGCUGUCUUAUGAGAGACAUAAUAGUUCGAAGUCUCAAAAUAAGCGAGUAAAUUCGAGGAUAGUGAUUUACCUGGUUAUUUCAGUAUUUCGGAUAGACGACUUGUUUAAAGAUCGACUCCAUUCGUCCUCAAGAUCGUCUAGAGGACCUAUUCGUAGUUAAACGAAAGCCCCGCUCCUUUUCUAACUCUUAGUCCUCCAGACAACCUACGACUCUGCCGUAGUGCAGGCGAAGGAAGCGGUAAAAACAGCACCCGAUGCCGCAGUUCGAGGCGUUAGAGAGGAAGUUUUGAGUCUCUUCGCAAAAGCUGAAGCAGACGUGAGAGCAGUAGUUAGACGCUCCGUCGGCUUCAUGAUUCGACAAGCGAAAGAAAAACAAAGAGUGGGGUCAUCCACAGGGGUAUCGAUGGGGUCUGCUGCUGGUUCGAAGAUGUUAAGACUAGCCUGUUUGUCCUUGCACCACCUGCUGCUCUAGCUUGUCUACUAGUAUUGACCCACGACUGGACUGUUCGGGUAGUUAAAUAUGACAAAUACCGGAUAAUUUUACCAGACUCCAACUCCGUCUCUAAGAAAUCCUGGCUCGUCCUCCACGUUGAAUGCAGGAUCUUUUUCGGGUUCAUCCUCAAUUGCGUCUUCACCGCCUGUGACACCCAACUUCCUCGACAGCAUCAAUAUCGAGAAAGCUGAGCGUGAUGUUGAUGCUCUCGUCCAUUUCCACUUCCUGAAAAACUAUCUAGAGCCGCUCAAUCUCGUGGAUAGGGAAGCUUAUUUGGCAGGAAAGAUUAAGGCUACCGCUCAAGCAUUCUCAGCGUCAUCCACCUUGGCCCUUUUUCUACUCGAAAAAGAAGCCAAGGAUGCCCUCAGAGAUGGGAACGCGGUAGCUCUAAGAAGACGCCGGAUUCGUCGUCAGGGAGUGCUGCUGUGGGAGUGGGGUCUUCUCUAUUUUUCGGAAGUGGAAGUGGUAGGAGUGGUAGUGCUGACAGCGCUGGAAGUGGUAGACGUAGAGGCUCUGGUAGUACAAAUACUGGUACUAGCGGUUCAGUUUCUGACACGACCAGUGGGGGCAGUUCUGUAGAAGCUACAACCAUGUCUCUACCCAUUGGGAGUGAAACGGGUGCAAGUUUCGAAGAUGAAAACAAUGAUCUUGUUGCUACAACAAGUCUUCAACUUUUGGUGCCACGAGAGCCAUCUGACUCUGUUCAAGCUGACCGAAACGAAGGUAUCAGCAAAAUUGCAGCACUAUGGAGCGAAAAUGCGUACUCAUCCUCAAGAAAGUAGGCUCUUUCUAAGUAGGAAAAAGCCUCUUUUCUUCAGUAUGACUCAGAAGUACUUACACUUUUUCGCUUCAUAAGAACCACUGCCAGCGCAGAGGACUGCAGGUGGAAGGAGCACUACAGACGCUGGAGAAGUACAGGAUGCUGACACUGAGGCUCUGAACAAAGAACUCUUCCCGGCUGGGUCCAAUAUUAAGGCUUUCCCUGAAGAUCACAACUUGUUACUUACAUAUUUGUAACUAUAAGAUUUUUAGAUUUAUUAGGAACAUCUAAUAGAUGAAGCAUCUUCGACGAAACUUAUACUCUACAACUUAGUCCUUAUAAGAUUUUUAGGAACAUCUAAUAGAAGUAUCUUCGACGAAAAUACUGCUGCUGCUAGUGGUAGUGCUGCUCAGGAGAAGGAGGGUUUCUUUGGUUCGACUCCUUUCGAUUACAGUCCUCGAGAGUCUAUUGUACCUUUUGUUCCUAGAGGCUCGGCAAUGUCAGCGGGACAGGUCGGCGCUCAUACCCACGUCCUGGAUUACGGGUCGAACAAGCAUUUCAUUUUUACAUGCUUUUGCUUUUCUUCCUUAGCAUGAUUGCUGUCUAAAAAUGAAAUGCUUCAACCUUUAAGUAGAGCGAUUUCAAGCUGCAACUGGGAGUUCCACAGCGAGAAAGGUCUUGUUAGGUAACUUCGGAUUCGAGGUGGUACCUUCAAGACCAUCAUCUGGAUCUGCCUUCGGAACAAGCGGUCCUCGUGCUACAUCAACAGGACGUGACAAUAGUUUCUCAGAGGAUAACGAUAAGGAGGACAGCAAGCCUUCGAAGAUGAAACGAGUGUCAGUACCUGGCAGCUCUUCUUCUACUCCUGUUGCUUCAUCUCAGGAGAUGACACGACCACAAACAACUUCUGCUGGAAGUACAAUUAUGGCUUCCCCUAAUCCAUCUUCGGAAGCAUCGUAGAGACGUUUUCAAGGGGAAAACAGUCUCAGGAUGGACUUGAAGAUGGAUUAGGGUGAGCGCCAAUACAACUACUAUUAGUAAUAUUACAGGCUCUACUUCUGCCUCGUCAUCAACAUUGGAAGCAGACCAAUCUCUCAAGGCCAAGGAACGUGGUAUCUACCGAUUGAAGUCUAGAGUAGCCAGCGAAAUUGGUAGAGAGACAGCGCAUGAAUCCAUGGAGCACGCACGAAAAUUUGCGCUCGACAUUCGCAAUAAUUAUGGCUAACAAAGAACUAGUGCCAAGAUCUCGUCAUACAGUCAGAUCCACUGACUUUCAAUCCAUUGUCAUGAACAUGAGGGAUACAGUCAGAUCCAUGAUCAAAAUCAGAUGAACAUACAGUCAGAUCCACUGACUUUCACUUCUCUUUCCCCCUCUACCUCUCUCCUUCUACACUUUCACUUCUCUUUCCCCCUCUACCUCCCUCCUUAUACACUUUCACUUCUCUUUCCCCCUCUACCUCCCUCCUUCUACACUUUCACUUCUUUUUCCCCCUCUACCUCCCUCCUUAUACACUUUAACUUCUUUUUCCCCCUCUACAUCCCUCCUUCUACACUUUCACUUCUUUUUCCCCCUCUACCUCCCUCCUUAUACACUUUAACUUCUUUUUCCCCCUCUACCUCCCUCUUUCUACACUUUCACUUCUUUUUCCCCCUCUACCUCCCUCCUUCGUCUACCUCUCUCCUCCUCUAAUAUCCAGUGAUCUCUCACGUUGAUACCUCUCUUGCGAAUCCAGUCCGUGACACUUUGAUGCAAGAAUUUCGUGAGGAGGUCAAAGGGUCCGCCUACCGAGCGCGCACAGCAAAGGCAGCAGUGUUGGGAGCAACUAUUAUGGCGGGUUAGGUAGUAAUGUGGAUCUAGUAGUCUAUGAAGUUGAAGGAGUAAUAUGUUGAGUAGCAGGUUAGACAACUUCCAAAAGUGGGAUAUCCUCAUAUUUGGUGAACAUCAAGAUUGAGUCUGCAGUCUAGCAUGCGCCAUCACAUUAGAAUAAUGGAUCUCAAGAAAUGAAAAAGGACAGUAGCCGCGCCUGCGUCUGCAGCAAAAGCAAUUGAAGUUAACAAUUAAAUAUGACCACAAGAACCAGAACCAGUGCUGAAGAUUCUAGUACCUCAAAAACAUGACUAAGUACAUGAGUACAAACAUUGAACUUGAAGAAUCUACAUCCCCCCGGCCCUCUCUCUAACUCAAAGCGCAUCUUUUCGCAGCUACAUUUGCCACCGAUGAAUGGCCUGCCAACUUCUAGUGAAGCUUCUUCGUCUGCAGCGACAAGACUGCAAGUUAAGACUUCUCCUGACCCCUAACUUAUGAUCCCCUAAUAAUUUAUAUUUAUUAGAAGAUCUUCGCCACCCGAUUCCUGAUUUCUGAUAGGCAUGAAUUGGGGUGCGGUCUUCUAAGUAAAGAUCAACCGUGGAAGGCAAGCCCGUCAAUGAAUGGCUACGGACAGAAGAAAGUGAAGGCAACAACUUCGGGGAUUGGUCGAAGGCCAUGGAACCGGAUCCGGUCACUCUGAAGUGAAGAAGGGUGAAAUGAAGGAAGGAAGGAAGGAAGGGUGGAAGGAAGGGAGUAAGUAAGGAAGUAAGUAAAGGAGGAUGGGGUAAGUAAGUAAAGAAAGGACUGAAUCAUCGAGUAUGCAAGAAAUGCGUGCUCGUUAAGUAAAGGCAUAGCUGAGGGAGUGACUCAGACUCACUAAGGAAAGGAGGAAGGGCUAUCUUCUAGCUGGGUUAUGCAAGACGUUCAGCAUGAUGUAUAGAAGUGUAAGUGAUUGUGGGUGCUAACUAAAAAGGCAGAACAACGAACAUGGACCACGCACUCAUAUGUGACUGCAGUGUGAGUAUAUUUUUUCCUUAUUUUUUCCGACAUUGUUGAUGUUUCUUGACACUGAAAAGAAAAACUACUGAAACGAAAAUCACUGUAGUGCGUUGUAGAAAGGUAAGUGCUUAUUGUGGGAUGAGUUCUUCAGGCACGAGAAGGGAG